CGCGACCGACCGAGGCUCUAUUGAAUUCCGUCUGCAACGCGACUGAUUUGACUAAUCAUUGUCACCAUAAUCACCUCAGUACCUUACUGUUUACACGACGAACAUCGAUUUAAUCAUCACAGCUACAUCCUAGCUGCAUCGCCUCGUCGCACUCAUGCCGCGUCCACCGGACAACUACACGCACGCGCAGUUCGAGUCGGUGGAAUCAGAGCAUCAGGGCGAAACGGUGCAAUGCAUCCACUGUCGCAACUGGACCGGUUCCAUCAAGACGCUCAACCGCAAAAAGGCGCAUCUGCUCAACUGUCCUCAGUACGCGGCGUGGCGCGCUGCGGGAAAUGGACAAGACUUGGCGCCCCCUAAUAAGUAUAGCAAGCGUGAUUCUGACCUGGCCGGCUGGCAAGGAGACGCCGAUCACGGAUAUAAUCACAGUCCAUAUGGCGCUCCACCACCACCGCAAUUCUCGACGCCAGUCAUGGUCCGCAGCAGGAACCUCGAAACCUCCAAGUACUUUGACGAGUUUUGGGACGACACCACCGGACAGAAAUGCAUGCGCGUCCGAUGUCUAUCAUGCGGCUUCGUCCGAGCGAAGAACACGACCCGACAAGUGGAGCACCUCGCGGUAUGUACAGACUUCCUGAACUCCACCGAGGGCCAGCAGGCAGUGGCGAACGGCGAAUUGGAACUGGCACAACCGGGCCCGUCCGGCUACAGCAACGCAGCACUUGGCCCCGACAUCUGGCGCGGCGGAAAGCCGAACCCGAAUCUUCAAGUGGGCGGACGACCCUCUAUGGAAUCGAUGAAUCCGAUGAGAGCACCGCAGCGCCCACAAGCCUCCCUGGUCAAUCAUCUCCUCAACAAGUGGCCCGAAAAGUUCACCAAGGCCACCCAGCAACAGUUUCUGAGCCACGCCGGCUGCGGAACGCUGUCGGCCACCGCGCUUUCGCAUUGGCUCGGACAGAACGGGCACAUCUCACGCGCGAUGAUCGCUUUCAUUGGCAACCUGAUUGGGAAGGUACGGCUGCCGGACGUCAGCAAUAGCAAGCAAAGCACUCAGUUCCGCGCUCUCGACCUUCUCAUUUCGACCGUGUCCAAUCUCCGAAAGGAGAUUGACUUUAUCGAGAUCACGAAGCGCAAGUACGGACUACAGACGGACAGUGAACCCCCUUUGCCCAUGACGAAAGCAUACUUGGAUCUCCUGAUCGCCUCGGCAGAGUCGCGUAGCUCUCUGCUCGAAGGCAUGGUGGCCUUGUGGGCGACGGAGCACUGCUACUACAAGUCAUGGCAAUACGCGUCGAAUUUCGCUUCCACCAUGCCGUCUUCCAAUUAUACCGUUCCUUCCUACCUGACUGGAAACGGCGUUAACUACGGCGCGGGCGGACAGACGCCUGCAUUCCGGACAGGCGGCGGCGGCACUAACAGUAACGACCAGCACGUGUCCGCUCUGCAGGAAGCACUCAUCCCCAACUGGACAUCGCGCGAGUUCAGUAAAUUUGUCGACGCGUGUCGAGCCAUUGUAGACGAACUCGCCAACGCCGAAACCACGGGGAGCGGUCGCGAUCAGCUGGUCCGAUGUGAAGGGGUCUUUCAACAAGUCAUCUUCCUCUGGGAACGCAUCUGGCCCGAAGUCAACGGCAUGGGCGAAGAAGAAGGCGGCGUGCAAGACGACUCUGCCGCCGAAUCUCCCGAAGUCCAACUCCGACCUCAAAACGGCAAUCACGACGCCAGCGGGCCUUCGGCCACGAAUGGGAAUGGGAACACCCAACAAGAAAGCCGCAAGACCGAAGCGAUCGAAAUCCAAGACGAGGACGCGGAGGAAGAAGACCAUGGAAAUGAAGACGCCCCGGUCGAGGAUAUCAAUUCGCCCUAUGGUGGUCUCGGCGCCAUUGCAGCCGCCAAUCGAGGGGAUUAGCAUCCAUCUUAAUCAUCACUUGGGAUAGCAAUUCUCCACGCUGGCUGGCUGGCUGGCUCUUGCGAGCUCUCUCAAAAAAAAGGUGGGUUCUUGAACUUGAAAAGAAGAAGAAAAGGGG